AUGGCCGAGAGCCGCGGCAGCAUCGCCUUCUUCACGACCUACAGGCCGGCGGUGCCGUUGGACAUCUUCUCGUGCCCCGCCAAUCCGGAGCUGUCGGCGGCGCACAGCGAGGCGCACCUCACCGACGGCGUCUCCUACAACCAGAACUGCCGCCCCAUCCCCGCGGCGGCGCUCAGCGAGCUCCUCACGUUCCUGGGCAAGAAGAACCCCGCGGUGGCGUCCAGGUGCGGCGCCACGCCGGACGACGCGGCCGCGGGCCGCGUCACCGGCCUGGUCUUCGUCUCCGAGAGGGACGACGGCCUCGAGACCCUGCACGUGGCCUUGCGCUUCAACAAGCCGCCCGGAAAGGUGCCGGUGGUGCUGCGCCUGGCCGACAUCUACGGCGCCGACACCUUCGGCGGCGCGCGCAUGGAGGACAGCGGCUGCAUCGCCGGCGGCUUCGAGGUGGAGGAUGGCCGCGCCGUCGGCCAUUCGCUGGUCUACGUCUCCACCAAGGAGCCGGUGAGAGCACGGCGCACCCCAUGGACCGUCGUGUACAAGACCAACCUCGCCGACGGCAGGACCGAGCGCCUCACUCCACCAGAUCAGUACGACUUGAGUCCGGCCGUGUCGCCGUCGGGGAAGAUGGUGGCGGUGGCCAACUUCAAGUUCCACAGGUGGACCGGCGAGAUCGAGCGCCUCAAGACAGACAUCGUGGUCAUGAACGUGGACAGGCAGGCGCAGGGCGGCCUGCGGCGCAGGGUCCUCAUCCGGGACGGCGGCUGGCCCAGCUGGGGCAGCGACGGCGUCAUCUUCUUCCACCGCGGCAUCGACAGGACGCUCGCCUCCGGCGACGUCCAGACGACCUGGGGCGUGUUCCGCUACGACAUCGCCACCGGCGAGACCGUCCGGGUGACGCCGGAGGCCUUCGACGCCGUGACUCCGGCAGCCAUCAGCGAGACCAAGGUGGCCGUGGCCACCAUCCGGCAGAAAGCUAAGCUCAACGAUGCUCGCCGCCGCGUGGAGGCGCAGUACCGCCACAUAGAGAUCUUCGACGUCGCUGCGCCAAACGAGCCGGCGCGCAUCACCCAGCGGAUCUGUCCGGAGGCUGACUACUACAACCCCUUCAUACUCGACGGCGGUGCCCGCGUCGGUUACCACCGUUGUAGAACCACCUGCAAUCUUCAACAGGAGGGAACUAAUAAUAGUGUCUCAAAGAAAUUCCACAAGCUACAAUCUCCCAAGUCACACGAGGAUGUGGGGCUAUUCAGGGUCUCCGGUGUGUUUCCUACUAUCUCCAAGGAUGGCUCAAAGCUUGCCUUCGUUGAUAACAGUUUCAAAGCCGUCUGGCUUGCUGAUGGCCAGAACUUGCAUAAAGUCUACGAGAGAAAGAGUGAUAACAGCAUCUUUUCGACAGUGUGGAACCAGAAACCAGAGAAGGACACCCUGUACGUCUGUAUAGGGCCGUCCUUCGAUGCUGCCAAGCCGCUAGAAAUCUAUGCCAUCUCCGACGUCUCCAAGCCACACAGCCAGCAGGUGGUGCGUCGUCUCACAAAGGGCGAGUUCAACAAUGCCUUUCCCUCGAGCAACCCGGAAGGGACCAAGUUUGUGUUUCGAUCAACAAGGGAUGGAGGGGAUGAGAAGCACAAGAAUCUGUACAUCAUGGAAGACUCUGACAUUGGGGAGUUCAGCGGAGGCACGGCGACACGUCUAACCAAGGGUCCCUGGACUGACACCCACUGCAGCUGGUCACCUAGCGGGGACUGGAUUGUCUUCUCCUCCUCCCGUGACAGGCCGGCCGAUGCCCCGAAGAAGGACAUACUAGACCCAGGCUUCUUUGCCAUCUUCCUGGUGAACGCCAAUCAUCCUGAUGUGGUGGUGCGGGUGAUGAAGAGCUCCGAUACUAUCGCGGGGCAUGUGACCCACCCCAUGUUCAGCCCGGACAUGAGGAGCAUCGUCAUCACCGCCGACCUUGCCGCGGUCUCCACCGAGCCCAUCUCGAUGCCUCAGUUCCUGCACUCGGUUAGGCCUUACGGCGAUGUCUUCACCAUUAACCUUCGUGAUACGGACGACAUCACGAAGAACAAGGACAUUGAGGAGUUCCACCGUAUCACGCACAGCCGCUACGAAUAUGCCACACCGGCAUGGACUAAGUUUGCCAUUGAUGACCCCAAUAACCAGUGGAGCGAGCUCAUCACCAAGAGCAGCGCAGGUUUUGGGGUAGCAUGUCCGCGUUAAGGCGCACUGUUGAGCAUGAUUCUGUUACAUUAUUCAUACCACCAUACCUGGAAGAUGCUAAAGGGUUGUUUGUUUUCUUUUUAUUGUCUUCUGUUAUGUUAUGUUUGUUCUAAUUGUUCAGCUACGCAAUCAGUUCUUUUUU